AUGGGGCAGGAACGGGGAAAGAGCGGGAAGGAGGAAAGGAGGCUGACUGCUGGAGAGAGGAGGGGUAAGGAACCGGGAACACAGGAGCAGGACACAGGAACACAGGAACAAAAAGCACCGCCAAAUUUCAGCUGGAUGAAACAAUCUAUUGGACAGAAGCCUCAGAUAUUAGCAAGGACAUGGAACUAUCAAACAGAAGCUACAUUUUUCAAUGAGUUUGAAAACAGUAAACGUCUUAGUGCUCAGAUAGCAAAUGAGACCUUUAACCUGACUGUCUCACAUGUAGAGCUGUCAGAUUCAGCCACAUACUACUGCGCUAUUACACGCUUCAGAGAGAUGAGCAUUGGAGAUGGAACUACUUUAAUGGUGCUGGGGCCAGAGUCCCAGAGCAGGACAGUAGUGCUGCAGCAGCCCGAGUCUGAGUCAGUGCAGCCAGGAGACUCUGUGACUCUGCAGUGUACAGUACACACUGAGACCUGUGCAGGAGAACACAGUGUGCACUGGUUCAGACCGGGCUCAGGAGAGUCCCCUCCAGGAAUCAUUCACACCCAUGGACACAGGAGUGAUGAGUGCCAGAGGAGCUCUGGGACUGUGUCUCCCACACAGAGCUGUGUCUACAACUUCCCCAAGAGGAACCUCAGCCUCUCUGAUGCUGGGACUUACUACUGUGCUGUGGCCACCUGUGGGGAGAUCCUGUUUGGGAACGGGACCAAGCUGGACUUUAAGGGAAAUGAUGUCCUCCCGCUUUAUUGCUUGGCGGGAGCUUUGGCGUUGAGUGUGAUCCUAAACAUCAUCCUCGCUCUGAGCAAGAGAAAAAACAGUGAGAACUGCAAAGCAGGGGAAUUCAGAACCACGGAUAGUGCCUGCAGGACCAGGAGAAACUUCAGCACCCUGCUCCUCAAGCCGGGACAGCCCACUUUCAGACACAAAACCCAGGGAUCACAUGAGCAAACUCUGUAA